AUGCAGUGGGCCCACUUUGAAAAAGACUUUUCUUGGGAUGAGGAGGCAUGUGGAGCGGCUGCUGAAGGUGGACAUCUUGCACUACUGAAAUUUCUUCAUGAAAAGGGUUGUCGAUGGGAUGCGAUGACAUGUGCACGAGCUGCCCGGGGUGGUCAUUUGGAAUGCCUCAAGUAUGCCCAUGAUAAAGCCCGUGGGACCCAUGCACGAACUUGUCAAAAUGCUGCAAAAUGUGGGAACAUUGAAAUUCUUAGGUAUGCUCAUGAGAAGGGUUGUCCAUGGGAUGAACAAACAUGCUCUGAUGCUGCUGGUGGUGGGUAUUUGGAUGUCCUAAAAUAUGCUCAUGAGAAUGGUUUUCCAUGGGAUAGAGAUACAUGCUAUCGUGCUGCUGAUUGUGGGCACUUGGAUGUACUAAAAUAUGCUCAUGAGCAUGGUUGUCCAUGGGAUGCACACACGUGCGCAUGUGCUGCUGCGUGUGAAUUUGUGGAAUGCUUGAAGUAUGCCCAUGAAAAUGGAUGCCCUUGGGAUGAACUGACAUGCAACUAUGCAGCUAGAUUUGGUCACUUGGAUGUGCUCAAGUAUGCCCAUGAAAAUGGUUGCCCUUGGGAUUCAUGGACGUGUACCAAUGCUGCACAAUGUGGGAGUAUCGACAUUCUUGUGUAUGCUCAUGACAAUGGCCGCCCUUGGGAUUGUUUCACGUGUUCUUACGCUGCUGCUGGGGGGAAUUGGAUGUCCUAA